CUCAUACACAGAACCAGGAAGUUAAUGUCAAAGGAAACGAAACUCAGAGUUCUGCUCAAUCUCUCUCUCAGUGUGUGAGUGCAGGAAAAUGGCCGAGGCCAGUAUUUCAGUAGAUCAGCUUUCAGUGGAUCAGUUCAGCUGUCCAAUCUGUCUGGAUCUACUGAAGGAUCCAGUGACUAUCCCCUGUGGUCACAGUUUCUGUAAGGUGUGUAUUAAUGACUGCUGGGAUCAGGAAGAUAAGAGUGGAGUUUAUAGCUGUCCUCAGUGCAGAGACACUUUCACUCCAAGGCCUGUUCUACGCAGAAACAACAUGCUGGCUGAAGUGGUGGAGAAACUGAAGAAGACUGAAGUCCAAGCUGCUUCUCCUGCUCACUGUUACGCUGGACCUGGAGAUGUGGAGUGUGAUUUCUGCAGCGGGAGAAAACACAAAGCCGUCAAGUCCUGUCUGAUGUGUCUGGCCUCCUUUUGUGAAACUCAUCUGAAACCUCAUUAUGAAGUUCCUGGAUUGAAAAAGCACACAUUAAUCGAAGCCUCUGGAAAUCUACAAGAGAAGAUCUGCUCUGAGCAUGAUAAAGUGCUGGAGAUCUACUGUCGUACUGACCAAAGCUUCAUUUGUUAUUUGUGUACGAUGGAUAAACACAGAGGACACAAUACUGUGGCAGCUAAAGCAGAGAGAACUGAAAAACAGAGUGAGCUAAAGGAAGCGCAGAUGAAAUCCCAGCAGAGAAUCCAGGAGAAGCAGAAGAAGGUGCAGGAGCUGAAACAGGCUGUGAACACUAUAAAGCUGAGUGCACAGACAGCAGUGGAGGACAGUGAGAGGAUCUUUACUGAGCUGAUCAGCUCCAUGGAGAAAAAGCACUCGGAGGUGACGGAGCUGAUCAGAGCUCAGGAGAAGACUGAACUGAGUCGAGCUGAACGACUCCUGGAGCAACUGGAGCAGGAGAUUGCUGAUCUUCAGAGGAGAGUCACUGAGCUGGAGCAGCUUUCACACACACACGAUCACUUCCAUUUCCUCCAGAGUUUCCAGUCUCUCUGUGUCUCUUCUGGACGUGAGGACUCACCCAGCAUCACUGUCAAUCAACAUCUCUCAUUUGAUGGAGUGAGGAAAUCUCUCUCUGAUCUGAAAAAGAGCCUGGAGGAUUUCUGCCAGGAGGAAUUCAUCAAAAUCUCUAAACAUGCUGCAGCAGUUCAGAUGAUUUUACCCUCAGAACCAAAGAGCAGAGAAGAUUUUCUGCACUAUUUCUGUGAUCUGACUCUGGAUCCCAACACAGUAAAUUAUAACCUCAUUCUGUCUGAGAAGAACAGAGUGGUGACGUACAGUGAGAGAAAGCAGCCGUACUCUGAUCAUCCAGAGAGAUUUGACUCCUACAGACAGGUGUUGAGUAAGGAAAUUGUGUGUGGACGCUGUUACUGGGAGGUGGAGUGGAGCGGUGAGGGAUGUGUGUCCAUGUCAGUCUCAUAUAAAGACAUCAGCAGGAAAGGACGGGGUAAUGAGUGUGUGUUUGGAGGCAACAAUCCGUCCUGGAGUCUGUGGUGUUCUUCUUCUUCUUCUCUCUCUUUCUGGCACAACAACAUUAAGACUAAACUCAGAGUUCCAUCAUCCUCCAGAAUAGGAGUGUAUGUGGAUCACAGUGCAGGAACUCUGUCCUUCUACAGUGUCUCUAACACGAUGAAGCUCCUCCACAGAGUCCACACCACAUUCACUCAGCCUCUAUACGCUGGAUUCUGGCUCGAUUUGAGAUCAAGUGUGAGAUUAUGUGAUCCAAAAUAAAAUAUUAUUAAUGUGAUUUUUUUUAAUUAAAAUGAGCAACUUUACUUUUUUUAUAUCAAGCUUAAAUCAAAUAAAGGUGUAAUAUGAGUAAUUCAUUUUAGAUUUCCUAAUUUUCAUUUAUAAUUUUAGAUCUUCUUUCAUCUGUCUUUUUUUAAAAGAUUUCAAUGUUAUAAAGGUGAAUAUUAUAUAAAAAUACAUAUCAGAAUUUUUUUUUAAACAUAUCCAUUAUAGUAAACAACUGCUUUAAUUGCUGGCACUUUAUUUUAUUCACAUUUCAAAUUUAAUUUUUGAACUUUCCAGUUUUGAUUAUUAUUAUGAGAUUAAUGAUCACUUGUAUCACUUCAACAAAAUUAUGAUGUAAUCUCAGAGGAAAUGAAAAUGAAUAGAAGUAAAGUGUUGUGUUAUUCUGUCUGUUUCUCCUUAUAUUAUCUGUCUACUGUCUGUAUCAAUUAUAGCAAUACAUCAAGUGUGAAAUAUUAUUAAAUUAUUAAGAAUUU